GCCGCCCAAGUUGGUGCUGUGCAUCGCGAUGCCAGUCGCCAAACCACAUUGAAUCGACUCCUUGAUCUUCUGUGUCAAGCUGCUACCCAAGGCGCACGGGUUGUGCUCUUUCCAGAAUGCACGUUCACAACCUUUUUCCCUCGCCACUUCUUCGCCGAUGAGGCGGAACUUGAGUCGUUCUUCGAGCAUGGCGACGUCACCACAGCGAAGGAAACACGAGCAAUAUUCGAUAAAGCUAGGGACUUGAAUGUAGAUAUCUGCAUCGGAUUCGCAGAAGCCACAGAUGAAGGCGAUCAUUACAACGCGUGCAUCUACUACCACGCCAGAUCUGGAUCCAUCCUGUCAAAGUAUCGAAAAAUCCAUCUACCUGGAGAUGUCGACCCUUUUCCAGAACCUGAUGCAGUCAAUCAGCUUGAGAAGCGAUACUUCAAGCCCGGAAAUCUGGGCUUCAAGGCCUUUCGAGUACCGGGCUUGACGAAUUCCACACCUCAGGAUGGCGAACCCAUCUUCGGAAUGAUGAUCUGCAACGACCGGAGAUGGGCUGAAGCAUGGAGAUGCUUAGGCCUUCGAGGCGUCGAAGUCGUCCUCGUUGGGUUCAAUACACCAGGCUUCGCGCCACAGAUGUGGGGUGCUUCACCCGAUGUGAGUCCACAAGACGCGCGUGCUGAGGCUAUCUUCCAUCAUAAGCUUGUCAUGCAAGCACAUUCAUAUACAAACGCGUGUUUCUCUGUCAGCGCAGCAAGAUGCGGGCUAGAUGAUGGGAAGUACGACUUGGUAGGCGGCUCGACUAUCAUCGGUCCUGAUGGAAAGAUCAUGGCCGAAAGCAAAACAGAGGACGACGAGGUUAUCGUGGCCGAUUGCGAUCUUAGUCGAUGUGCAGCGGGCAAAUCACGGACAUUUGAUUUUGCGAGACACCGACGAACGGAACAUUACGGUAUAUUGACUUCGCAAACAGGAGUCAUUGAACCUCCAAGGCUGUCAAGCCAAAUAUCUGCUCUCAAUAAUGAUGGAGUUGUCCUGGACGAUUCUCAAGAUCAAUGCCUACAAUCAGCGACUGGCACCACUAGCACCAGGCAAAUUCGCAUCCUCCUCUGUAACCCUAAUGCCACACCCUCGAUGACGCAUGCAUGUCUCGAGAUGGUCAAGUCGACGCUCACACCCGAUGUCACAGUUACUGGUUUCACGGCGCCCAAACCCGCACCCUCAGCCAUCGAAGGGGGUUUUGAUGACGUCAUGUCUGCGGCAGCAGCCGCCCGAGCCAUCAUCCCGAUCGCGCAUCAGUACGACGCUUUUCUCGUCGCCUGCUAUAGCAACCAUGGGCUUAUAAAAGUGCUUAGAGAAGAGCUGUCGCAGCCAGUCGUCGGUAUUAUGGAGGCUUCGCUGUUUGCUGCGCGAACGCUUGGUGGACGGUUUGGCGUUAUCGCUACGUCGCGGCGAUCCAAAUAUACCCUAGAAGAAUCCGUGAAGCACUACGGGUUAGAUCCAUUCUGUAUCGGUGUGCAAAGCUGUAAUCUGGGCGUCUUGGAAUUAGAGUCUAAGCCUGAAAAAGAGGUGCUGAGUGUUAUGUGCAAGGUGGGUAAGAAACUCGCUGAUGAGGGUGCGGACGUCCUGACACUAGGGUGUGCUGGCAUGACGAAUAUGAAAGCUGCUGUUGAGAAAGCGUUAAAAACACCCCCUGAGACAAAACGUCCGCAAACGAUGGCAGCUGCGAUGCAAGGCCCUUACGUAGGCGUUGGCCCUUCGAACAACGAUCAAGAACCCGCCAUAGAGAUGACCAGGACCCUCACUGGAAAGAAGCGGUACUCAGGGCCCAAUGUCUCGCCCUUGGAGAUGUUGAAAGCCUUACUUCCAGCAGCGUUCUUGAUAAUGGCCGUCCUCUGGAUCAAUGCGUCCCACAUUUACGGCCUGUUUCAUCAUCAAGGAGCUUAUGUUCACAGGGCGAAAGUCGCGCUGGCAGACUUUGAUGGAAACGACUUUGGCGAGGCUCUAAGAUUAGCAGCAGCAUCGAACAAUGGGACUUACGGAUUUCCCACUUUUGUCAACGUCGACACCACAGGAUCUUCCCCUGAGCAGAUCCGACACGACGUCUUCGAGGGAAAAUAUUGGGCAGCGAUCGUUGCGCAACCCGGGGCAACCACUCGAUUCAACGAUGCCGUGAACGGUACUGCUACACAAUACGAUCCCAGUAACGUCUAUACCUACUAUGUACUAUCGGCGCGAUACUACACCCUCUACGCCUCGACGAUACUCACAUCGACUAUCACCACUACAUCAGUCGCAUCCAGCAUCUUCAACACCGAAUUCAUGGCAGCCCGCCUCGCCGACGGCUCGUUUUCCAACAGCACUACUGCACUUUCUGCUCUUGCGAUUCCCGCACGCGCUGUCGAAGCCCAAGCAGGAUCUCAAGACUUCGCCGAUUUAGACGACAAAGCUUUCAUCAAUACUCUUGGUACCGUCUUACCCAUCCUCAUGCAAUUCUUCUUCAUCAUGGCAUGGAACGGAAUAUGCAAUGGUAUGCACUUGUAUGCUGCCUACGACCUACGUACACACAUCCUCGCCCGCCUGUUUUGGAGCACAGUCUGGCCCAUAUUCACCAGUUUAUGUACUGCUGGAUGGACCUUCGCAUUCCGCGGCUCUUACCACAUCGAUGCAAAGAUGUUCUUUGCUUUCUGGGCUCUGACGUGGGUUUUCAGUAUGAUUCAAUUUGAUGUCUUGGACAUCAUUACUGGAUUUAUACCUAUGGCCUUUGUGCCAUUCCUUUUCCUCACUUGGGUCAUCUUCAACGUUGCAGCAUCGCUUGGGCCGGAGGAAAUCCUUAAUCACUGGUACAGGAUCAGCUACUUUUUUCCAUCACUACACUGGUACAGGACAUUUAUUACCAUCAUCACACAGGGCGGUGUCAACAGGCUAUACUACACGCUACCUGUGCUCGCUGCUUGGCUGGUCUUGGUGAAGCUUUUGAGUCCGCUGGCUACGAGGAACCGUGUAAGGAAGGCACAGGAGGUGUACAAGUGGUACAAUGAAAGGCACGCUAUUGGUGGCCCUCACUAA